AGCACCGUAAUGGCCAUAGCUGGAACGAUGUUACUUCUAAGAAGUGUUCGGAUGACAUCAAAAUUUACAAGUUCUUCAGAUAUUCCAGUAGAAUUUAUACGAAAGAAUGUUAAACUACGUGGACGAUUACGCCGAAUAACUGAGAACGGUUUAGAAAUUGAGCAUAUUCCUAUCUCUUUACCUAUUAUAUCUUCAUGGAAAAAAGAGCCAUGUGGUGUUUUGCUGGUUAAGCUGGCAGGAGUAGAACUCACUGAAACCGGGAAGGUGUGGUUACAAAAAGAGUUAAAACCUUCCCAACUGCUAUGGUUUCAACUUCUUGGAAAGGAGAAUUCAGUACUCUUUUGCUAUCUUCUAGUGAAUAAGGGUAGAUAUUUUAGUGUGAGUCUGAAUGAAGAAAUUUUGAGAAGAGGCCUUGGCAAAACUGUUCUUGUUAAAGGGCUAGAUUAUGAUUCUAAAAUCUAUUGGACAAUUCACAGAAACUUACUUAAAGCCGAAUUAACAGCCUUAAAAAAGAGAGAAGGAAUAUGGAAGGAAGAAUCUGAAAAAAGUUAUUUGGAAAAAUUCAAAGGCUCCUGGAGAGAAAUAUGGAAAAAAGACAGUUAUUUUAAAAACAUUGGAUCAGAUUUCAAUUUGAAAAAAGAAAGUUAUUAUGACAAAUUUAGAAGGACUUACGAAACAUGGAAAGACAACAUAAAUAACUACUCCUUAAUACUGAAGUUCAGAGAACUUAUGAAUCGCAUACACUUUCGUAGAAAAGGGUGAACUAUUCCAAGAGGUCUGGAGGUGACCCACUCAGAAAAGAGUAAAAUAUGUAAAUAUAUGGAUGUUUUUCAUUGAGUUGAAAUGGAAAUCUCUCUGAAUGAUCGAAAUUGCACUCUAAUGGUAUUUAAAUAUUUAAGAGAUGAUUGUUUUAAAUGUAGUAUCAGAAUAAUUUAAGCAAAUUGUGAUUAAUGUAAUAUGGUUUUAGGAAAAAUAGAAUACUCAAUAACGUUACCAGGAUAAAGGAUGUAUACCUCUAGUGUUAAGAUUUGAAGAGAGAGUUUAACUAUUGGGCACUGUUAUUGUAGUUAUUUUCGGCAUCCAUAUUUAAUUUUUGUUGAAAGAGAGUAUUUGUUUGCUUUUCCAGUU